AUGGCCGUAGGAAAGGUGCUUUUUUUCAUUUUGCACACUUUUACGCAAUUCUUAUGCUUUUCACAGAACAAGCGCCUUUCAAAGGGUAAGAAGGGUAUCAAGAAAAAGGUCGUCGACCCCUUCUCGCGCAAAGAUUGGUACGACAUCAAGGCCCCCUCCAUCUUCGAAGUUCGCAAUGUAGGGAAAACCCUUGCCAACCGCUCCCAGGGCUUGAAAAACGCCAACGACUCAUUGAAAGGUCGUAUCAUUGAAGUCUCAUUAGCCGAUCUCAACAAGGAUGAGGAGCAGUCCUUCCGCAAGAUCAAGCUGCGCAUUGACGAGAUCCAAGGCAAGAACUGCCUCACAAACUUCCACGGCAUGGAUUUCACUUCCGACAAACUUCGUUCCCUCGUCCGCAAGUGGCAAACACUCGUCGAGGCUCACGUAGAUGUUAAAACCACGGACGGAUACCUCCUUCGUCUCUUCGCCAUCGGCUUCACAAAGAGGCGUCCAUCUCAAGUAAGAAAGACAACGUACGCUCAGUCGAGUCAGGUUCGGGAGAUUAGGAAGAAAAUGUUUGAGAUCAUGACCCGUGAGGCGACGAACUGCGACUUGAAGGAGCUGGUCCAGAAGUUUGUGCCAGAGGCAAUUGGUCGGGAGAUUGAGAAGGCUGCCCGCAGCAUUUACCCCCUGCAAAACGUUUACGUCCGCAAAGCUAAAAUCCUCAAAUCACCCAAAUUCGACAUGUCCAAACUGCUCGAACUCCAUGGUGACUCAACAGACGAGACAGGCACACGAAUUGCAAAAGACUUCAAGGAGCCUGAGAUCCUCGAGUCGGUUUAAGUUUUUCGUCGUAGUCACAUUCACUGUACGCCGCCUAUGCCAUGUCUAUGUAAUGGGUAACAUCACGAUAUGCAUCAUGCUUGC